AUGAUACAUAAUCCAACAUUUCAAGUCGAUAUAUCAGAUACUUACAGAUCUAGGGAUCUGUUGGCCCGUCAUGAGCGUCUCUCUCACAACCCUGAUGCCAGUCCAGCCAGCAAUCAGACACAGACGCCCUCCCCCGCAAAUCCCCCCACCCAGGACGGGUUAGAUUCAUUGGCAUCUGCAGUCACAAACCACACCCAAUCUAAUCGCAGCGCAUUACAGGGACCCGAUGGCCAUUUCCCAGCAUUAUCACCGGCCGUGCAUCGCCCGAUGCUGGGUGCUCAAUUGGCCACAGACACUCCCUCUGUAGGACCCAGUACCCCAUCUCCAGUCCCGGAUUUUGGAUAUGCUUUAAGUGGCUUUGGACCAGGAUCCUAUCAUGGUCAUGACUUUACCUCAUUUUUGGAUAGCGUCCCGUUGCCAAAUCAUCCGUUCUCGCCGGCUUAUCAGCCACUCCCACUAUUCCCACCGUUGAACUUCUCUACGGCUCUGGACUAUGAUCGAUCUUCUGAUAGAGGGACUUUGACUGAAACUACUCCUUCGACUCCUUCGAGUUCUGUACUUCCCCGACAUGGCACUCAGUUGCCCUCGCUCCAGCCGGAGGGAUAUCACAUCUCUCCUAAGGCGCGCCAGCCCACGGGAUUCGUACCGGUCACGGCUCAAUGUCGAGACAAGCUCUUGGAUAUGCUAUCGGACUAUGCCAAUGUGGUCCCAGAUUCAUCGCUACCAUCUCGACACGCGCUAUCCCGAUGUUUGACCGGGUAUGUAACCGGUUUCCAUGAUCACUACCCCAUUGUGCAUAUCCCGACCCUCAAUGUAGACUCGAUGACACUACCGCUCUUCCUAUCGAUGGCGGCGUUGGGUGCACGGUAUUGCCGUGAGCCAGACACUAGCAUGCGUCUCUAUCAAAUUGCCAAACCAGUGACUUUGGAACAUGUUCGCCGGGUCUUCCAGUCCGGCAAGCUGCCCACAGUCAACGCGGCCGACGAUAUCGAUACCUUAGAAACCGUGCAAGCUUUGUUGUAUCUGACCUCAGUGUCGAUGUGGUUUAUUAACAAUCCCCCAUACCACGAGGCGCUGUCGCUCCGCAGUCUAAUGGAAAUGCUCAUCCGACAAGGAGGACUCAACCGGCUACCCGAGCAUGACGGGACAUGGACUAGCUGGAUACGACGGGAAAGGGUAAAGCGCACCAAACUAAUUGUUCUCUGUUUCUUUAACAUCCACACCAUCGUCUUCGAUGUCCCACCAGUGAUUCUCACAGAAGAUUUCACAGUCGAAUUACCCUGCACCGAAAAGGAAUGGCAAGCCUCGCGCGCAGACCUCUGGCAGGCAGAGCGCAUGAACAGUCCCGGCGAACCAAAGUUCCAAGACGCCCUUUCCGCCCUAUUCGGGCCAACCGACAAUGUAGAGCGAUUCUCCUCGCUCGGCGGCUACGUGCUAAUCCACGCGAUCCUACAAGACAUCUGGCUAAUGACGAAAGCGGGCCGACUACCCGUGUCACGACGGAACCGCUUCACUUCAUCGUCAAUGACAUCGACACCAGAGCUUGUUCACGUCGAACAAGCCCUAGAACGCUGGUGUCAGUGCUGGGAGCGCAAUCAAGAAUCCUCGGUCGACCCACUCAGUCCGAACGGACCUCUAUCCUUCACAUCAGCAGCCCUGCUUCGACUAGCCUACAUCCGACUCAACGCAGACUGCGGCUCAGCCCGCCAACUGCAAACAUGGGACCCCGUCCAGAUCGCAACAAGUCUCCGUGAAAACCUCUCCGUCCAACGCGGCGAUCGUCUCACGCGCGCAGCGCUCCACUGCGCACAUGCCCUUAGCACACCCGUCAAGCUCGGCAUUGGAUUUGUUGCCCAUUCGCAGGUGGCGCUGUGGUCGAAUCAGCAUGCUUUGUGCUCCCUGGAGUGCGCGGUGCUGUUGGCUAAAUGGCUUGAGGCGAUUACAGUGCCAGAUCCGGAACCGCGGCUGACGGAGCAGGAGACUCGGUUGCGAGAUUUCGUGCUCGAGAUGGUUAUGGAGGUGCAGCAUGGUGUUUCAAGGGAGUGGUUGCUCGCUAUUAAUACCCGUCUCAGUGCUGCGGUUACCCGGUUGUGGGCGCGGCUGUUUACAGCAGAUUAUAUCUGGGAAAUGGUUUCUUUGAUUGGGAGGUCUUUGAAUAGCUAUGCGGACUUGCUAGAGCAAUAG